AAAUGCCUAGAAAGCCUUCCAAGCUAUCAAACAAAUGACAUUGACAGAGCAAGAAACCAUCUCACUUUUUUUCUGCCUGCCAUUACUGAUUUAGCUUAAAUCCUGAAAAAAGGUGAAGAGCUUGAACAAAUGUGACCUCAGAAAUCACCGGCUGCUGAAUAGUGGUGUCUGCUGCUGCCACGUCUCUCACUCCCCGAUGUGUGGACAAGAAAACCCACGUGGCAAAUUCUUACUGGGGAGGCAAAUGAGUGACGUGGUGCCAAAAUAUUCCAGUCAUGAGCGCCCCCCACUAGGGCAAUUACCCUAUAAAACGCCACUCAAGGAGUGCAAAUUAAAUAAACAAGAUCUCCAGACCACCCAAGCCUUCAAGUCUUUCUAUAUCUCUCCAAGUCUUUCAUUGAAGCAUAAAUUACUACGAUGGCUGCCUCAGCUUCCAUGCAAUCAAUCCUAGCAAACUCAGUGGUUUAUGGAGCUGGAAAGAGUGGAUCAGUGAGAGUGAGCCACCUGGUUCCUGCUAAAUAUGCACCAACAUCCCACAGGUACCCUCAACUGAGGGUACGUUCCAUGGCAGAGAAUGGUCAGGAAGAGCAACCAUCUACAACACCAGAGGCAUCUAAAAUUCCUCCACCACCUCCACCACCUACUCCUUCUCCCAAGCGUAGUCCUAAGGUUAGCACAAAGUUCUCCGACGUGUUUGCAUUCAGUGGGCCCGCCCCAGAGAGGAUCAACGGCAGGCUUGCAAUGGUGGGGUUUGUUUCAGCUCUGGCAGUGGAGCUAUCCAAGGGGCAGGAUGUGUUUGCUCAGAUAUCCGACGGUGGAGUGUCCUUGUUCCUUGCCACAAGCAUUUUGUUAUCGGUGGCAUCUGUGAUUCCUCUGUUCAAAGGGGUGAGCGUGGAGUCGAAAUCAGAUGGGAUAAUGACUUCAGAUGCUGAGCUGUGGAAUGGAAGGUUGGCCAUGUUAGGUCUGGUAGCUUUGGCCUUCACUGAGUAUGUGAAGGGAGGAACCCUAGUGUAGGUCUUAAUCAUUGUUGUAGAAGUUUUCCACAUGUAAUUAGUCUGUACGAAUCUUUAUAAGAAUAUCACAUUUUUCGUA